AUGGGGUGGAAAGCAAGCUCCAGCGUUCAGACUCUUCCAUUUGCGGUGACCGGCGCCGCGAGCGGCAUUUCAGCGCGUCUAAGUGAGGAGCUUAAUUCUGUUGCUUCCGAGCUGGCUGUGCGGCGGGAAGAGAGUGAACGUUCUCAUAAACAUUUAAUUGAACUCAGCCGGGAAUUUAAGAAAAAUGUACCUGAGGAAAUCAGAGAGAUGGUGGCUCCUGUCUUAAAAAGCUUCCAAGCCGAGGUGGUUGCACUCAGUAAAAGAAGCAAGGAGGCUGAGACGGCUUUCCUGAGCGUUUACAAGCAAUUAAUUGCAGCACCAGAUCCCGUUCCUGUCCUGGAGGCGGCGCGGAGCCUAGAAGACAGGCUGCGGCAGCUUCAGUGCCUCGACCCCGAGACCCCACCCCUGAAGGAGCUCAACCGGCAGUGGAAGAAGCCCCCUGAACUUCUUGGCACCAAAGAGCAGAGAGAGGGAACGUCUCCAGCUGGGCUCACGGUGUCGGAGGGAACCAGGCUCGCGAGUAUCAACAGCAAAGCACUUUUCACAGAAACCUUGUUGCAGAGAAAUGAGGCAGAAAAACAAAAGGGACUCCAGGAAGCACAGAUCACUUUGGCUGCUCGGCUGGGGGAAGCAGAAGAAAAGAUCAAAGUGCUUCAUUCAGCGCUAAAGGCCACCCAGACGGAGCUGCUGGAGCUGCGGUGUAAAUAUGACGAAGAGGCAGCAUCAAAGGCGGACGAAGUAGCCAUGAUCAUGACCAACCUUGAAAAAGCCAAUCAGCGAGCAGAGGCGGCACAACGGGAGGUGGAGAGCCUGCGGGAACAGCUAGCAUCUGUCAACAGCUCCAUUCGCCUGGCCUGCUGCUCUCCGCAAGGCCCCAGCGGGGACAAGGUGAACUACUCGAUGUGCUCAGGGGCCCGGCUGGAGGCAGCGCUGGCAGCCAAGGACCGGGAGAUCCUGCGGCUCCUCAAGGAUGUGCAGCAUCUGCAGAGCUCCCUGCAGGAGCUGGAGGAGUCCUCGGCCAACCAGAUCGCUGACCUGGAGCGGCAGCUGGCCGCCAAGAACGAGGCCAUCGAGAGGCUGGAAGAAAAGCUGCAGGCCCAGUCCGACUACGAGGAGAUUAAAACAGAGCUGAGCAUCCUGAAGGCGAUGAAGCUGGCCUCAGCCAACUGCAGCCUUUCCCAGGCAAGUGCCAGCGCCGCAUGGGGAGAGGGGAAUCCUUUGUGGCUCCUGGACUCCUUCUACCCACCCCAGAAGUACCCCCUGGAGAAGCCCAGUCUCCUGGCCAGCGCUGAGGAGGAUCCCUCCGAGGACGAGUCGGUGAAGGACACGGAGCAGUCGUACCCCUCACCCCAGCAGCUCGCACCGCCCCCAUCGGAGGACCCUGCCUCCCCCACCCCUGUCCAGCCUCUGCUGGGCCCCAGCAUGGCCCCAGAAGGCCAAAGGACUUUCUCCAUGUCCCCCUUCCCCGGACUGGGUGCUAGUGACAGGCCGCCGGCUGACCCCUUCCUCCCCAAGCAGCUGAUGCCACCCGUGUACAAGAGCGAGAGUGGCAGGGCGGCGGCCCUUCCCCCCCCCACCAAGGGCGGCGUGCUGCCCGCCAGCACUGCCCCGCCGGCACCCACCGCACCUGCCAGCGACGCCAGCCCACCCAGUGACCAGUCAGAGGGAAGUAGCACGGGCUCAGCUGACGAGGAACAGCUGGACACGGCCGAGAUCGCCUUCCAGGUGAAGGAGCAGCUCCUGAAGCACAACAUCGGGCAGCGCGUCUUCGGGCACUACGUGCUGGGGCUCUCGCAGGGCUCCGUCAGCGAGAUCCUGGCCCGGCCCAAGCCCUGGCGCAAGCUCACCGUCAAGGGCAAGGAGCCCUUCAUCAAGAUGAAGCAGUUCCUGUCGGACGAGCAGAACGUGCUGGCACUGAGGACGAUUCAGGUGCGCCAGAGAGGUAGCAUCACUCCGCGGAUUCGAACUCCAGAGACCGGCUCCGACGACGCCAUCAAAAGCAUCCUGGAGCAGGCCAAGAAGGAGAUCGAGUCCCAGAAGGGAGGUGAAACCAAAAGCUCCACGGCCCCCCAGGUAGUCACCAAUGGCACCAGCACCAGCAACUCGGAGGAUGCCAUUAAAAGCAUCCUGGAGCAAGCGCGGCGGGAGAUGCAGGCCCAGCAGCAGGCCCUGCUGGAGAUCGAGUCGGGCAGCAACGGCCAGCCCAUCCCCACCCCACCCGCGGAGCGCUCCACCUUGGCCACCGUCAGCCAGAACAUCGUCCAGGCCUACAUCAAGCAGGAGGAGGGGGUGGUGGGCACCAGCCCCAGCUCCACCCAGGCUUCACUCACAGUCCUGUCCCCUGCUGCCUUCGUGCAGAGCAUCAUCCGCAAGGUGAAGUCUGAGAUCGGCGAUGCCGGCUCCUACUUUGACCAGCACUGGGCUUCGGAGAGGAGUGUGCUGAAUCGGCCCUACACCGCAGUGUCCCCUUCGCUCUCCUCCUCUUCAAGCUACUCGAGCCUGGCCAACGGCCGGGCCUGGCCGCGGGGGGAGCCAAGCGAGAGUGCCCCCACCGAGGAGGAGCUGGCCCUGGGGGAGGAUGAACCCCACAAGACCACAGAGAUGAAGACAGAAGGGGGCAGCUCGGAGCCGCAGAGCGCCGGCCGCCUCUCCUACUACCCUGCCUACGUGCCCCGGACUCUCAAGCCCACGGUACCCCCGCUGACACCAGAGCAGUACGAGAUGUACAUGUACCGGGAGGUGGACACCUUGGAGCUGACCCGGCAGGUGAAGGAGAAGCUGGCCAAGAAUGGCAUCUGUCAGCGGAUCUUCGGGGAGAAGGUGCUGGGCUUGUCCCAGGGGAGUGUGAGUGACAUGCUGUCCAGGCCCAAGCCGUGGAGCAAGCUGACCCAGAAGGGCCGGGAGCCAUUCAUCCGGAUGCAGCUGUGGCUUACGGAUCAGCUGGGCCAGGGGAUCAGCCAGCAGCCCAAUCCAGCCCAGGCCAGUCCUGGGGACACCCAGUCGUCCCCCUCGCCACCCCCCAGCCCUUUGGAGCACGAGAAGACCCCCCAGGAGCCGCUCACCCUCACCCUGGAGAGCAGCAAGGAGAACCAGCAGCCGGAGAGCCGGGCAGGCUCCGCGCUGGGCGGGAAGACGUACCCCAGCAGCCAGGGCCCCAUGGGCAUACAAGAGAUCGUCGCCAUGUCUCCCGAGCUGGACACCUACGCCAUCACCAAGAAGGUCAAGGAGGUGCUGACGGACAACAACCUAGGCCAACGGCUGUUCGGGGAGAGCAUCCUGGGCCUGACGCAGGGCUCGGUGUCCGAUCUCCUCUCCAGACCCAAGCCCUGGCACAAGCUGAGCUUGAAGGGGAGGGAGCCUUUUGUCCGCAUGCAGCUCUGGCUCAACGACCCGCACAACGUUGAGAAGCUGCGCGACAUGAAGAAGCUGGAGAAGAAAGCGUAUCUGAAGCGUCGCUACGGGCUGAUCAGUGCCAGCUCGGACAGCGAGUCGCCGAAUGCCCGCUCAGAGUGCGCUAGCCCCAGCCUCCAGCCCCAGGACCUCAGCCUCCUCCAGAUCAAAAAGCCCCGUGUGGUGCUGGCACCGGAGGAGAAGGAGGCCUUGAAGAAGGCCUAUCAGCUGGAGCCCUACCCCUCCCAGCAGACCAUCGAGCUGCUCUCCUUCCAGCUCAACCUCAAGACCAACACGGUCAUCAACUGGUUCCAUAACUACAGGUCUCGGAUGCGCCGGGAAAUGCUGGUGGAAGGGUCCCAGGACGACACGGACCUGGAGCAGAGUGGCUGCGGGGGCAUUGCACCGCCCGGUAGCUCGCUCCGAGGCGCCAACCCGCAGAGCCCCGAUUCAGAGGCGGAGGACAGGAAGCCGGUCUUCAGAGACGCGGAGCCCCGGAGGUCGAGCGAGGCCCUGGUCCAGGUCAAACAGGAGCAGCCGGAGCCCGGGGAAAAAGGCGAGUCCUCAAGGAAGAGCAGGAUGAUACCACGUGUGCGGGGGCCUCCCAGAGGGCCCCCCCCAGCACCACCAGCCUCCCACGGAGCAGCAACACGUCCAGCAAGACGCACGCGGCCGGCUGCCGACUGCUCCACCCAGCAUGUGCCCCAGGAGCUGGAGGGUGGGGAGAGGCUGCAUCCUGACCCCAUUAGCUUUAAAUCUGCCUCGGAGUCCUCCCGCUGCAGCCUGGAGGUCUCCCUGAACUCUCCCUCGGCAGCUUCCUCUCCGGGCCUCAUGAUGUCCGUCUCGCCAGUCCCGUCCUCCUCCGCUCCCAUCUCCCCAUCACUGCCAAACGCCGCCUCUGUCAAAGUGCAGAGUUCGAGUCCCGCCACAGACACGGGCUCUUUACAGCAGAGCACGAAGCUGAACACAAACAUCCAGCGGAGGCACGAGAAGAUGGCCAACCUCAACAACAUCAUCCACAGGCUCGAGCGGGCUGCGAACCGAGAGGAGUCGCUGGAGUGGGAGUUCUGAACCGCGGGUCUGCGCCCCGCACCCCGGGACCUGCCCGCCGCUUCGGGCUGCUGGUGAGCGGGGAACCCUCCCGGAGUACACGUACACACACGUACACACAUAUAUAUAUUUUGUUAAUUUUAUCACGUACUGACAAGGAAAGAAAAAUCCGAUUGGGUUCGUGAGAAAGUGAAGGGAAAGCUCAGCCUGUAUCUUCUGCCUCUUGGCCCUCCGUGGAAGGGGACACCGAAACCCAAGCAAAACAGAUGCCCCGUCUUUGUUUUAAAUGUGAAAAACUGGGAACACUUUUAGAAAAAAAAAUAUUUAUAGACCUCUUUUAGAUAUUUUAAUAAAAGGAUACUUUGGAAUUUAUUAACAGCUUAAGCUGCUUUGAUAUUAAAGAUAGCUAUAAAAUCAAGAUGAUGUAGCAGUUGUGUCAUUAAAUGUACACUGAAGUCUUGUAGUUUGCCACUGGAUGAGAUUAAAAACAAAAAAAAAAAAGACUUACUGAUCAAAGCCAUCAAGAAGCACUAUGAGACUGACCAAAUUUAAUAAACUUUUGAAUAGCGGUUUUUCCACAUUUGUCUGUAAGACACUGCAUUACUUGCCCUUUGCAGAGACUAUGUUAUAGUCUGUGAAGACUCUAAAUUGAAAACCUGGAUGCCAUCAAGUAUGUACUUAGUCCUGGUGGUAUGUUUUGAAACCUUUGUAACACAGAAUGUCACGUGCAGUUGUAUAUGUUGUAGAAAUGUCUGCAGUAGCCUUCCUGAACAAGAUGUAGCAUGGCACAUAACUCCUUACACUUCCUCUAGAUAGUAACCUGUGAUAACCCAAAACGAACGGAUCGGUGACAGCUGUUGGCGGCAAAGCUCUCUGUCCGUUGGCAAGAGCCAGUGAAAGCACCCGUGGCUCUGAUCUCGAGAGAGAAGGAAAAGGCACCUGGGUGUGCACAUCUUCGACGUGUCCCAUUUGACAGUAACAAACUUCGGCGGUGGCCACGACCGCACCACAUCUUAUGCAUCCACUCCAGUGCUGCGGGGAGCACCAGCCAGCAGGUUCCCCUCGCUCUGCAGCCUUUGUCUUGUUGAAGUGAGCGGUCUCUGAGUUCAAAGCCUUCGAGGGUCAGCGCUUAAAGGACGAGCCCUAAAAAGAUACAAACCGCCGGGACCCGAACGGGCUUUGGGGUGGUUUGUUUUCACAUGAGUCGAAUCCAGCUGGCACAGCUGAAUCAGCACCUUUUUGGUUCCUAGAGUUAGGACUAUGGAGAGAGCGCCCGGGAGUGAGGAUCAGCCUCCGGGGCGGCAGCCAUCGACCGUGAACAGCCGUUGAAAUGUCACCUUUCCCAUCAGCCCUCGACUGCUCUCUGCCGAAGCGACAGGAGACAAGCCCUGACCCCCUGCUCCGCGCUCAGCGCCGGGCGGGACGCCUCGGCCCAGAAAAGGCUUGCUUCCACCUCGCUCGCACGCGGACAGUGCCGGCCGUUUCAAAAAUUGCCCGCUGGUCCCUGCACUGCCCCAGCGCCUCCCUGGGCUUCAGUGGGGGGUCCUUGGUGACGGAGCCAGGCCCCAAUUCAGCAAAGCACUUUUAAGCAGGUGCCUUGACUUUGAGGGGGGAAGGGGGAGGUUCAUCACAUGUGCAGAGUGAACUGUAAGCUGCUUGCUGCCUUGGCUCCCCAGGCCCUGACCCAAAGCCCCCGGGAAACAGUCUUCUGGCUGAUUUCAGUGGGCACCGGGUCAGACCCUCCUCGCCGGGAUCACACCCGUGGCACCACCUGGAAGGAGAGGAACCCAGAUCUCCGUGCUACGAGUCGCCCCUGGACCGCGCGGUUCUCCCUGCCCUCGCUGCGAACGCCCGAUGGGCGGACUGACAUCUCUCUGUACCCACCCCCGCGAUCUAGCCCCAGCUUAUGCAAAUGCCUUUGAGAGACGCAUCCGUGGGUCGUGUUGGUUUGCUGUGUAUUGUUUUGUUUUGUUUUGUUUUGUUUUGUUUGGGGGUUUUUUAAAUGCAUUUUGCAAGCACCGAAGUACAGCAUGCAAGGGACUGCCCCACCCCACCCGGACUGCCACCCCGCCGACACUCGACAGGACAGGAGCGCGCGUCCUGCAGGCACUGAGGCUAUGCAUCGAACAGUUCCCCACUGGACUCGUUUUUAUCAGAAGAGAAGGUAUUUUUGUACUCGGGUGGUAGUUAACGACCAAUUUUAAAAACAACUCCGUUCGGCUCCAUGCAAGGCCCAGCUCCCACCUGCCACGUCGUAGCGACGGUAGCCCUGUCCAAACAAGCGAGAGCUUGUCCGACACAACGAUUUUUACUGGUUUAACCCCAACACGCCAUCGAAGGUCUAGGCAUUCGCAUUGACUACUGUUCUUCUUAGUGUGCUAGUGUUAGCUUUAGUGGAACGGGAUUUGAUGAAGCACUUAGCAUAGUCUUUCCGAACACCGAAAUCCUGUUGUACUAAAAGCUAGUGGGACAUGUUGAUCACAUUUUGUUAGGCUCAUGUACUGUACUUCAAAAGUUUCUAUGAGAUUGAUGAACUUUGUUAAAAAUUUUAAAAAGGAACAAGUUCUGUAAAGAGCCACUAAAUACAGAAGUUGUAUAAUAACGUGGGCGCGUGGGUUUGUUGUGUUCUGUGUGGUUUCCUCCAGCCUCCGCAUCCACGCGUUGCCUGGCUCCCUCUUCUUCCAGA